AAACUUUUCAGUUCAGUGAGAGUUUCAGUUGCUGUUUUUUUAGUUUACAAAAUUCUCUUGUUUUCAGUAGAAGAAAUAGAGAGUCAUCAUGAAGAGAAAAUUGUUUGAUUUAAAUACCAUCAUGGAAGAAGAAGAAGAAGAAGAAGAAAUACAAUUUGGUUCGGUUUGUAACAAUGGAGUUUCUUGGUUGAGAGGUUCGUUGCUUGGGAAAGGAGGAUUUGGGUCGGUUUAUAUUGCUAAACUGAAAAAACUAGACUUAAAUACUAUGUAUCGUCCUAUCAUGGCUGUUAAAUCGGCUGGGGGUUGUGAUUCAAGUUCUUUGCAGAAGGAAAAAGAAAUUUACGACAAUCUCAAUGACUGUCCUUACAUUCUUCAAUGCUUUGGCGAAGAAACUACAACUGAUCAGUAUGGUAAUAUGUUUUACAACAUUCUGUUAGAGUACGCUUCUGGCGGAACCCUAGAUUCUCUGAUCAAGCAAUCCGGUGGAUGCGGGUUGCCUGAAUCUGAUGUCAAGAGAUAUACAAGGUUUAUUCUAAAAGGAAUUGAUUAUAUUCAUAGCCAUGGCUAUGUGCACUGUGAUUUAAAGCCUGAGAAUGUGUUGCUUGGGUCUAAUGAUGGCUCUGUUGAUGGUAAAUUUGUUCCGAAGAUAGGCGAUUUCGGGUUGGCCAAGAAAAUUGUGAGAAACAGGAAGUUUGGUGAUUCUGACAUUGGAGGCACUGCUUUGUAUAUGGCGCCGGAGACGGUCACAGAUGGAAUUCAGGAGACUCCGUCUGAUAUUUGGUCUCUCGGAUGCAUUGUUUUUGAGAUGUUAACAGGCCACAAUGUUUGGGAUUCAAGUGAUGCUGCCUCAACUGACGAGAUUUUGGAAAAGAUUGGCGAUUUCUGCGAAUUGCCUGAAAUUCCAUCUCAUAUUUCAAAGGAUGCAAAGGAUUUCUUGAAAGCAUGUUUAGUGAAGAAGCCUGCUUUUAGAUUUACUGCUGAGAUGCUAUUAGAUCAUCAGUUCUUAUCAGUACUAGGUGAUGAUUAUGAAAGGUAUAAACCGGAGGAGGAAGUGUCGAGGAAUUCAGUUGAGUCGUUGCAUGAUUCUGAUUGUGAAGAGCUGUGUAUUUCUAGCUUUUCUGAUGGUCAUGAAAUGUAUGAAUCGGAGGAUGAAGAGUCGGCGAAUUCAGUGCACACGUUGUAUGAUUCUGGUUGUUCAGAGUUGUUCUUUUCUAGCUUCAUUGAUGAUCAUGAAAUCCAUGAAUCGGAGGACGAAGAGUCGACGAAUGCAGUUGACACAUUUUGUGAUGCUGACAUUGAAGAGUCGAAGAAUUCAGUUGUCAGACUAUGUGAUUCUGAUAUGCUUGGAAAUUACAAUAAUGCGGAUCUUCUUUUUGCCGCAUUAAUCUAUCGUUCUUGUUUAACAGGGAUUGCCUCAUGAGAUGUUUUAC